AAAUGGAUUUUAAGUUUUUUCAAUGACUGGAACCCAAAACUGAAAAUCAGUAUCUCAGCAACUCGUGACGGGUCACAUGAUUUGUGAUUGACGGCAAAGCAUAUCCGGCACAAACAUCAGUUCAUUGCUAGCUUGCUUGUCUGUUGACAGUUUAGAACCGGAAAUAAUGAAGUAAUGAGGCACAUUUAGCGUGAUUUAAACGAAAUAAACUAUGGAAAAGUGUAUGGGAUGUCUUGGGCUAGCCUUUGGUAGCAGAAGACGAAAAAAUAGACUCCGUUACCGUGUGAAUUAUGGAAAUAAUCCCGGUGGAAGCUCGGGAAUUGAAUUUGACAAUUUGAUUUUAAAUGAUGACGAUCAACAAAUGAAUUAUGGGACUACUUGUCACUUUGUCAGUCAAGAAGAAAAAGAAAUCAUUGCGAAAAGGGAAUAUGAUAAAAUUUUGGAACAACAAAGAAAGAUUGAUGAACAGAUCAGCAAACAAACCUUUGAAGAGGAAGAACGACUUCGUAUUGAAGAGGAAAGAUUUCGAGAAGCACAGCUGGAGGCAUCGAAAGCCGUUAGUGCUGCGUUAAAAGUUCAGCAAUAUAGCAAGACUGGUGUGAGCCCAAAAAACCAACCUGAUCCUAGUUUAUAUUCAAUUGGUGACUCAGAUGAAAGCGACGAUGACUUUGAAUUAUUUUUAGAGAGCGUAAAAGUUCGCUCUGACGCUUUCCGUAGCGAUAAAACUGCGUAUUGUGAUAGUAUCGAACCUGGGAUUGAUAACAAUAAUAAAUCUGAAAUAAAGGUCGUGUCAUCUCAACCGCGAAAAUUGACCCCAGGAAGUCCACUUUCAGGAAGUUUUGAUCCGGAAAGGCCACGUGAAAUUGAUGGUAUUGCGGACGGAAUGUCAAGCGAUGGAUCAUUCACGUACGAUAAUGAUGACAAUUCUGCAGAGUUAGGACUCGAUAAUCCCGAAAUGGAAUGGGAUAAGUUUGUCGAUGGAUUAGAAAGCAAAAAAGUUUCAAAUCAAGACACUGUUGAUCAUGAGGUAGCUGAGGUUUCAUGAGGAUUUUGAUUUAAAAUCGGAAACCUAAAAGUUGACUGAGUGAACCUAAUAUCAUAUUUCAGAACCUAAAUCAACUUUAAAAAUCUUUUGCUCAUUUUUUUUUAAAUUCACAUAUUCAGAAUUACUAUUUACCUUUUUAAAUUUGUCAUUUUUGCAGUAAAAUCAUGAAAUAUGUUAAAUUUUAUAUUAAAAAUUAGAUAUACAGGGUGUCCAUAAAGUUCUUAUGGAGUCAGUUCUCAAUAAAUCUUAACCAGGUUUGUUGUUUUUUGAUCAAUAAUUGUUAAGUAUUUUGACUUCAUUCAGCACAUCUGUGAGGGUAAAACAUUAUAUGGUAUCGAUAAAUGCCUUUUGUGAUUUUAAACAAUUUCAAGAUCUUGUGGACACCCUAUAUGUCAUAAUUUGGCUGAAAAUUAAUCUAUCAAAAGAAUUCAAAAUGAAUUCAAAUUUAGAAUCCUGACAUCGACUUCCAAAGUGCCUUUCGUGAUGUGCAAUAGCUCUUAAAGUUCAUUCAUUAACCUUUGGUUAGGGAAAUUCACAUUUCUCCUAUGAGAAAUGAAAGUCGAUAAGACGACUUCAUCAUGUGGCGAAUUAUGGCAACUUAUUCGUUUAGCAGUCCAUGUCGGGUAUGCGGAUAGUUUAUUGACAAGUUAACUGCCCCAUAUGCAUUGACAAUAGUGGCUGAGGAAGCCAUAAUUGACAGGUGGAAGGUGAUUACAUGUGAUUGCGAGGUGUGCAGUAGUGCUUAAAAACAGGGAUGCACAACACAGGGCACAGUGUCUAAUAUUUUGUUUCAUAAGCUCGAACAUGGCACACUAUUGGUUUGGUAAAAAGCAAUUCCUCAAUUCUAUAAUAAAUCCAAAUACCGGUAACGUGAACCACCCUACAGUGACGAGGAGUCCAGCAAUCCUCUCACACAUAACUAUCCCUGCAUGGAAUUUGAAUCUGCGAAACCACGGAGGAUAAUCAGAGGUUCAGUGGCUAGCAUAUUCUAAACGCUUAGCACGAUGUGCAACACCACUGAGUUGAGCUUUAUCAAAAGGACUGACAUGGCAUGCGACAAGAUUUUUAAGAAACUUUGGCAUGUCAGCUCAUUUGAGUUGUGUAUCUCUGUUCUAGUACAUACCGGUGAUCAUCCUCAUGAUUGUUAGCAUGAUAUUAUCUUUAUACCCUAAUGGUUAAAAUUCGAUAGCCUAUAUCCUGGGUAAAGCUGAAUUGUAUAUAAUGGUAGAAUUUAUAAUAUAAAAAAACUGCAGUAAUACAUCCAUAUAUGCAUUCAAUUUUAUUAUCAUCUUCUAAAAUCGAUAAUUCAUUGUUCAUCUAGUAUAAAGAUAUAUUUUCUAUUUUAAUAUCAUAUCUGUCCCGUUCUUUUUUGUGAUAUUGGAAAUUACUUUUUUCAUGAGUACAGAAGUUUUUUAUAUUAUAAAUUCCUCAUAAGACCACCCGAUUAAUGUAUAUUGAUAUCAUGGUUCCACAUAUUUUCUGGCGCUACAGAAGUGUGUGUAACAAUAUGGAGGUGACUAAUUUUGUUCUCCUACUUUACAUUAAGUUGUGUAAAGGGACUGAAACUUAUAGGCUGGGAUAUAUUCACUUGGCUAACACAGACAGUCCCCGAACUCAUAAUAUAACUAAAAUAAGAAAAAUCGGAAUAAAUUAUGCCCUUAAGCUAACCUGGUGCAGUGGUACACACACAACGGGAGUACCUAUCCUCUUUGAUUAUUUUUAGUUUAAUGAAAUGCCUAUCCCACAUUGACUGUUAUUUGUUUCAAUAUUCAAUACUUGAUGCCGAUUUUGUACAUUCCUUUGCUCAUAACAUGAGAUAUCGUGUCUUACAAACAAAGACAUGUUUCUUGCUGUUGUGACUCAUAACAUGGUCUCUCUGUUAGUCAUGGAAAUUCCCAUUUUAUAAAUAAAAUUGCUAACAAAGCAUGAAACUCAAUUGUAUAUAAUUUGAAAUAUAUCAAUUAAGAUUGCGUAUUUUCAUAUUUAUGCUGAGAGAAGAAAUAGAUAAGAAGUGUUAAUCGUAUGGUAAAUCCUGAAUGUCAAUAGCUCAAAAAGCAAUUAUUGAAAUUUGUUGUAGAUUCUUUUCAAUAUUAGGAAUAACUAUGCCUGAUAAAACCAAUUGGAAUAUAUUUUAACAUUUCUUUCAUUUUGGAUAUCCCUGCAAGAUAAGCGCAUAUUUACCAAUUAUUUUUUAAAAAAACUGUGAGGCCGUAGCAAAAGUAGACACACAAAUGCUUAAAAUGGCAAUUAUUGGAAUGUCAAUAUUGUAAAUUAUUAUUCCUAAGUUGAAAUGAGCUAUGCUCAAUAAAACCUAUUUCGAAUGUAUUUGAAUUUUUAAUUCGCUUUGGAUAUUCUUCUGAAUGCCUGCUAGAUAAAGCAUCGCUUGUUUUUUAUUAAAUUCAAAAUGACAAUGUUCUAUUCAUAAAUACAUUAAUGUAACGCUCCAUUUCUUAUGUAACCCUAUUCAUAAGUAGGAACCGUUAAUUUAAUUUGUGUAUAUUUCAUUUCCUGCGAUUGAUUGAAUGCUUUGAGGGCUUUUGCUUUGAAAGAAUUAUCGUAUUACCACGAAUACCGCUUCUUAUGUUUACUUUAACCCAGUGGUUCGCAACCUUUUUUUUUAAAUACCUGUUUUUGCCUAUUUUUCGACUCUUUAUUCGGUACUCCAGAAGUAUGUGUACCAAUAUGGAGGUAACUAAUUUUGUUCGCCUACUUUACAUCAAGUUGUGUGAAGG